AUGAACUCCGAACCGGCGGCGACGCCUUAACCAAGUUAAAGUAUGCACACGGUGCCGCCGCUGUCUGCCUUCAUUCCCCACGUUGCCCGCGGACGUUGCUGAAGCAGGAAUGGGAAGUGUCUCCAGCGGCCCGGUGAGAGCAGCGUGAAGCCGCUAUGUCCGCCGGGCGUUACUCCUGCUUGCUGCUGCCGCUCUGCGUGUCGGUGCUCGCACACCGUCAGCCGGGAGCUCCGGCGGCCUCGGUGCCCGCCGCUGACAACUCUUUGGUGUGGGGACCCGGGUUGGAGGCGAACAUUGUCCUCCCGGUUCGCUUUUUCUACAUCCAGGCGGUGGACGGCUCAGGGAAGAAUUUAACCACUUCACCAGGUGAGAAGACGUUUGAGGUGAAGAUUGUUUCUCCAUCAGAGCCCUUCACCAGGAUAUGGAUCCAGGUCCUGGAUCGUCAGGAUGGGUCAUUCCUGGUCCGCUACAGGAUGUACGCCACCUACACUGACCUCCAUAUCCACGUGUUGCUCCAGGACAAACACGUUGCAAAGUCACCGUUCAUCCUUAAAGGUCCGGUCUAUCAUGAGGGCUGUUUGUGUCCACAGCCAGUCGGUUCAGUGUGGGAGGCUCACAUGCGUUGUCCUCAGUCAUUCGCCCAGAUUGACAGAGACCUGUCCCUGUACACAACCGUCGACCCUGAUCUGAAUGCGCAGGAGAUACCGCAGCGCUUUGGGCAGCGACAGAGUCUCUGUCACUACACCGUCAAAGACAACAAGGUGUACGUUAAAACGUUUGGAGAGCAUGUGGGCUUCAGAAUCUUCAUGGAUGCCAUUCUUCUGUCUCUCACCAGGAAGGUGCGGCUCCCUGACGUGGAGUUCUUCGUUAAUCUGGGCGACUGGCCUUUAGAGAAGAGGAAGCCCACCGAGAAGCUCCACCCCAUCUUCUCCUGGUGCGGCUCCAACAACACCAGAGAUAUUGUGAUGCCCACCUAUGACCUGACUGAGUCUGUCCUCGAGACCAUGGGAAGAGUCAGCCUGGAUAUGAUGUCUGUUCAAGCCAACACGGGGCCGCCGUGGGCAGAGAAAAACGCCACGGCCUUCUGGAGGGGGCGGGACAGUCGUCAGGAGCGUCUGGAGCUGGUCAAGCUGUCGAGGGCUCACCCGGACGUCAUCGACGCCGCCUUCACCAACUUCUUCUUCUUCAAGCAUGAUGAGAGUCUGUACGGGCCGCUGGUCAAACACGUCUCCUUCUUUGAUUUCUUUAAGUACAAGUACCAAAUAAACAUAGACGGCACGGUCGCAGCGUAUCGCCUGCCUUACCUGUUGGCCGGGGACAGUGUGGUCUUCAAACAGGACUCUGGAUAUUAUGAGCACUUCUACAAGGAGCUUCGACCCUGGGAGCACUACAUCCCUGUGAGGGCGGACCUGGGAGACCUGCUGGAAAAGAUCCAGUGGGCUCGAGACCAUGACGACGAGGCAAAGACAAUCGCACUGGCCGGUCAGCGCUUUGCCCGCAGUCAACUCAUGGGUGACAGCAUAUUUUGUUACUACUUCAAACUUUUCGAGGCAUACGCCAAACUCCAGGUGACCGAGCCAAAGAUUCGCAAAGGCAUGGAGCUGGUAGAGCAGCCUGCUGAUGACCUGUUUCCUUGUGCCUGCCACAGGACAACGGCAAAGGAGGUGAAGGAUGAGCUGUGAGAACCUGUUAGCCACAGAGCCCCAACUCAUAUUUGAUAUACAGCCUUUUUUUCCUGAAAUUGUGACUUGAUUGUAUAACUUUGACAUUUUCAUUUGUAAUAAAAAUAUAUAUAUUUU